AUGAGUAAAGCAUAUAAAGACAUAAGAGCAAAUUUUGUAUUUGAUGUAGCACCAAAAAGUACACAUUAAUCAAAUGAUGAAUAACCAGUGGUUAUUAAAUAAUCAGACCCCAUUAAAAUUGAUAAUUAGUAAUAGAAUGUACAGGAAAUGAUUUAAUAAAAAACAUAAAAUUUUGAUGAGGAGAAGUUGAAAUCAUAUUAAAAAAUGUUUGAAAUGUGUUAGCAAUUAUAUAAUGACAAAGCUUAAUUAAUAGAUGUAUAAAAGUAUUUAAUUAAAGACAAUUGAUUAAUAGUAGAAAUAAAUAUUAGAGUUAGAGAGACAAGUAAAUGAAUAUGAAAAUUUGGAAGCAAAUUAUGAAAAGGAAUAGCUAUAAUUAAAAGAGGAACAAUUAUAAUAUGUAUAGGAGAUUGAAACAUUGACAUGUCAGUUAUAGUUGGUGAUGGAAUAAAGAUUGGAUACUAAUAAGAUAUAAAACAAUUAAGAUGAGAUUUAUGAUGAAUUGAUGAAUUUUAUAUAUAAAGAGAAUCUUUAAGAGUUGAUAAACGAAAUGGAUAAAAGUAAUAAAAAGAUGAUUGUAUAGUUUUUAGUAGAAUAUGUAAAUUGUUGUUUUGAUGGUUUAGUUAAUCAACUAAUAUGUAUAAAAAAAGAAUCAGGAAGAAAAAUAUUAGAGUCAUAUAUAGGAUAAUAUAUAAAUAAUUUAUGAUUUGUAAAGCAAAAUAUAAGAUCUAACUUGUAAUCCUUUUAGAAUAACAACUCCAAAGAGUGUAUUGAGUGAAACAUUAAAACAGAGUAAGAUGAGCAAUAGUGCUAGUAAUUUUCAUAAGACUAACAAUAAUCAUAAUACUGAUAAAGAUGAAUUAUAAUCAAAGAUUGGUAUUUAUGUAAAUUUAAUUAGCUUCUUUAAAGCGUUAAGGAAAAUAAAUAAAUAAAAAAUGGUAAGAAUUUUGUGAAAAUAUUCUGAGAGAAAGAAAUGAUGUAAUAAAAUAUCACAAAAAAUAAAUUGAAUUAAUAAAUGAACAUAAUAUUGAAUUGAAGAAAACUAUCUCUGAAAUAGUAUAAUAUUUGGGAUAGAAUUAAUAAGAUUUAUGGAUAUAAAUGUUAGAUAUUAAAUAAAAAAUACAUUUGAAAGUGAUUGAUUUAAGUAAAAGUGAUGAUAUCAAUAAAUUAUUGAUAGAGGCAGAACUUAAAUAAUUAUUUUUAUUAUAGGCAUAAAUAAGAAGUUAAUUAAAUCGUAAUAGACCAUUAAGAAAAGAUUCAUAAUGA